UGUCGAUGAUCGUCGAUCAAUAGUUCAUUCACGCAGUCGUUUGUAUCCAAUCUGCAACCUUUUUGAUGAUAUUAGAAACAAUUUAAGCAUGCAAGUAGUUUCUAGAAUGUUGGCAUUGGCAGUUAUGACCUUGGCUCUGUUCUGUAUAAAAGUUCCUGCAAGUGAAGCUUCAUAUGGUAGAAUGGGAGGCGGUUCUGGUGGAUCAUCUGAGUCCUCCUCGAAUCAUUAUUAUCUAUAUGAUGAUGACGACGAUGAUGAUAGUUCAAGCUGCAAUUGUAAAACAACAACUAAGACGAAUAGCCCUAGGUCUUGUACUAUUUGUGAUUGCUAUAAAGAAAAGAAUCAAGGCAAGGGUAAAAGUUGCGCUGAUUGCAGUUGCUAUAAAGAAAAGGAGCGUAGUAGUAGUAGUAGAGAUCAACUUUUAACUUCUAAUUGUAAUUGCAAUUGCCACAUACCUUGUGAAUGCUCUUGCCACAUUCCGGUAAAAACAAUUGCCAAACCACUCUUUAUCAUUUUUUGCAUUGGUGGAGUCAUAUAUGUCUUCGUCGAGGAAGACAAAGUUGCCACCAAUAGGGAAACACAGGCUUUCCCCAACAGAUGGGGAAGUGUAACCAUGAUUCAGGUUGGAAUUUUAGACAAGAAACGGGUGUUGCAAAGGAAGCUUAACAGUAUUGGUGGGACUGCGGAUACAAUCUUCAAAAGUGGUUUGAAUCGCGUAUUGAAAGAAGUGGUGAAAUCUCUCCUUGAGCAUCAUGAUCAUUGCCAUUUUGCUUAUCUAUAUGCAAAGUACGAUCAUCUGGAGAAGCAUAGCCGACCACGUUUUAGAGGAUUUUUGGAGACAGUGAUUGGGAAAUUUGACAAAAAUGAUGAGACAUUCGUGAAUGUAGAUGGUGUCAAAUACCGAAAGGAGCCUGUCGGGAAAGUUAACAGCAUUGACAAUGAGUAUUCCGUGGUAACAUUGUAAGUGCUUGUUGAUGGUGAAUACUUGAUUCCAUCACUGAAGGGGCAUUCAAAACGUGUGAAUAAAGGUGACGUUAAAACUGCACUGCAAACGAUUUAUUCGAUCCCAAGGAGCAAUUUAGAGGCUGUUGAGGUGCUAUGGACCCCACAAAUGGAAAACGACGUUGUAUCGAAGCAAGAUGUUCGUAGAGAUUUCGGGUUUCUCAUGAGACCGGUUGAUUCAACUGAGUAGCUGGCGCAAAUGGUAGAUAAUAAUCUGCAACUGAGAAGUAAAGAAUGCGCAGUUACAAUAGCUAUUUGUUUUCAUCUUCUCGAAAACCUGCAAUGAGUUGUAUCGUUUACAAGUUCAGAUUACGAAGAAUUCUUAAUGAAAUCAUCAUGUGGUUAUGUUCUUGAUCAUCAAAUUG